AUGGAGCCGUUUAUUUAUUUGCCCGAAUACCCGUUUGCAUUUUGUACACAAUGCCGCAUUGGGUUUGUGGCCAGCGAGAUUGUACAUCAUAUAAAAGUUAAGCACAGCACAAAGACCCGACAGGAAACGAAGCGCAUUGCGCAAAAGGUGGCAGCCAUUCCAGGUAUAGCCAAGAAUCAGGACGAUUUGAAGAAUUGGAUAUUGCCGCCGCCAACCAUCCAGAUCAACCCGUACAUCCAAGCCCCACGAGACGAUGGAUUAGGAUGCAGCCAUUGCCAAUACGUAGUACGGGAUAAACAGCAGAUGCAGAAGCAUGGCCGGACCGAGCACGGUUGGGUCAGCCGUCGCAAGAGAGGCGGACAGCAGCAAGCCGUGCCCGACGAACAAGAUGCAAUGUUGGCCGUGCCGUGGAGAGACCACGUACAAUGCCAGCAGGUAUGCAAUUGGGGGCACGGCAAGCGUUGGUUUGAGGUUGGCCGCAACGAUGAAAGAGCGACACAGGAGGAGGCCACCGACGGUGAGGGUGAUGCCGAUCACGAGGCCAACGUCGCGUUUUUCAACAUGGUCCAGGAGGAAGGCAGGAAGGCGUUUGAGGAUGAAGCCAGCGGCCGUCGCGUCCAGGAUAUAGACGACAAGAAUGAGGCCCAUCAGUGGUUGGGUCGAUGCGGUUGGCCCCGCCAUUUGGAGGGUAUCCGCAUCGACCGGUUGAGGACAUUGUUGGAGCCGAUCAGCGAUGACGAGCCGGUGUUGCAGAGGAUGUGGGAAGUGUUGGAAAGCGUCAUGGAUGCCGCGUAUCAGGCGACGGCCCGCCAGUGUUACCCAGGCACGGCCGAGUUGUUUGAGAUUGCACGUAAAGAAGCGCAUAUGACGACGACAAAGCCGUUCCAGGGAUUGAUGGAACCCGAUGCAUGGGUGCGAUACAAGUCAUGGUGGAAGCAGUUGUUGUGCAUUUGGAAGCGAUACGACGAAUGGGAUGCAGAAGAUGGUUACGACAAUGAGAGAUUCAGUAACGGCGGAAGCAGCAGCAGCAGCAGCGACAGCGACAGCGAUACCGAUACCGACAGUAACAGCAAUAGGUCCGCGUAUGAUGAUGAUGCGGUCAGCCGCCGUUAUGGCCCAUCCGACCCACGUCCGCCGUAUAAGAUGACAAUACAGCAAGAAGAGUUGUGGAAAGCAUUCGACAACGGCAUCAGGCAGGUCGUCACGGGAGCCGACAGGGCAGGUCGGUACACAGCCGAUCGUUUGCAGCGGAGUUGCUUGGACGCCAUGGUGCAGUUUUUCGACCAUCCAUUGAAGAGCGGCAACCAUUACGAGAGCAUCGUCAUCAGCGCGUUGGCCGUUAUGGGGUUAGACGAGGGCGGCGGAUGGAAGCCCGUGGAGAAUUACACGUCAAUUUAUCCAGCCGUCAUCAAAGUGGCGAGGUAUUUAGUGUUGUACCAGUCCAUGUUGGAGCGUCAAGCACAGAUUGACCAGUUGGCCCAAUACGCAACCAUCCGUCAGGCCGAGGAGGAGGCCGAGGGAUUAUUCAGGAUCGUGCGACGCAAGGUGCGGCGGUUCAUGAUCCGCAUCCCCGAGGGAGAGGAUAUCGAGCCGUCGCCGAUGAAUUGGAUCAUCAACACGCGAACAUACGGCAUGCACAUUCGGUAUUCGAUGCCCGGUUCCGAGAUGAUCGAGUGGCAUGGCGAUCCGAUUUCAUGCAACAGGGUCAAGAUCAAGAUGAGCGAGAUAUCCGACAUGUUGCAUGCAUUCAUCGGGGAUGCACGGCAGACGUUAGUGCAAUUGGCAACCGGCGGCGCCAUUAGGAAAAGGGAGGUGAAGGGGAGAGAGAAGAGGAGGAAUGACGGCAGCAACAGGAACGAUCAUGAGGAUGAGGAUGACAAUGACAGCGCCAAUAACAAUGACAGCAGCAACAACAACAGCAAUAACGGUAACAGCAGCGAUAAUACAAUAUGGCCACCGCCGCAGAACAUAUUGCCCGCCAUUCCGUGGUCCAGGAUCGAGGAUAGGCAUGGCGAAAGCGCGUUGGAGCAUUCAUUUUUACAGGAUGAAGCCAACCAGAGUUGGGUCAUCAAGGGCGACAGGUGGGUGCAAAAGCAAGUUGCAGCAAGCAAGGCCAAGAUGGAGGCAUGGAUCGCCAAGCCGCACAAUGAGGCGUGCCCGUACCGAGAAGAGGCAAUCCGACGGUACAGCCGUUUGAUAGAGGAAUUCAGGUCACAGUUGUUCGUCGCGAUGCACAUGUUGGGAGGCCAGCCGGCACGGUCCACCGAGAUUUUGGGGAUACGGAUGUGGAACACGAUGAACGGCGGAGUGCGCAACAUAUUCAUCCACGACGGCAUGGUUUGUUUCGUCACGAUGUACCACAAGGGAUUCCGGCAGUCAGGCAAGGUCAAGGUCAUCCACCGGUAUUUGCCACGCGAGGUAGGUGAGUUGUUGGUGUGGUACAUGUGGAUCGUUUUGCCGUUUUGGCACACAGUCCAGGUUGGCAUGAAGCAGCAGCAGGAGAAGAGGCGCCGGAGUGCAUUUUUAUGGGCCGACGAGAUUGUCAGCAAGGAGGGAGGGAAGGAGAUGGAUGGCGAAGGAAAAGGAGGAAGAGGGGAAGAGGGGAAGAGGGGAAGAGGAGGAGGAGGAGGAGGAGGAGGAGAAAAAGCAUGCAAGAGGGAAGAUAGAAAAGGAAAAGCAGUAGGCCAGGAGAGUUUGGGGUUGUUAGAGGAGAGGGAAGAAGAGGCCGUAUUCAUGCAGUGGUUCCGCGAGGCCAAAUGGGGGAACGACCGGGCAAGAAGGGCAAUGCAACGAUACAGCAACAUGUUUUCCGGUAAACAGAUCAACAUCAGCAUGUGGAGGCAUAUGGCCAUCGCCAUCAGCAACCGGUAUUUAAACAAGGCGUUCGGCGAGAUCGACGCAGGCGGCGGUGGCGAUGACGACGAUGACGGUGGUGAGGAUAGUUUGGUGGACAGCAUCCACGAUUUGCAGGCCGGGCACGGUUCACACAUAGCCGGGUUGAUAUACGCCCGGUUGUUCGGGCAGGGAGAUUUAAGCACGAUGAACAGGCGGGACGGGUUCCGCAAGGUAAGCAUGCAGUGGCAUCGGUUUUUCGGGUUUGGGGCCGAGGACCGUGUAGAGCAGUUGGGCACGAAGCGUCCCCGUUACCCGUUCGACGAAGAGCGGGAGAUGACGAGGCGCAACAGGUUCGGCCGGUUGCACAGAGUGGACAUGCAAGGGCAGUUGAAGCAGAUGAUGGGGGCGACGGCAGCGUUCAGGGGGCAGCAGGAAUCGGUCAUCCGGGCCGUGGCGCGAGGCGAGUGGCCCAUCGUGCAGAUCGCACCGACGGGUGGCGGCAAGAGUUUGACGUUCAUGUUGCCAGCAUAUUGCACACCGGAUGGGGUGACGGUAGUGGUGACGCCGUUGGUAGCGUUGCAGGACGACAUGGCGGUGCGUUGUUCCAAGUUGGGGAUCGAGGCAUACGUAUGGAGAAGUCGAGGGGUGAUACAGAGAGCGGCAUCGUUGGUGUUUGUGACGCCCGAGUCAGCCGUCAGCAAGGGAUUCAGAACGUUUGUCGAGCGGAUGCACGGGCAGCAAAGGUUGGACCGGGUCGUGGUGGAUGAGUGCCACACGGUUUUGCAGUGCAGCAAGGGGUUCCGACCGAUGAUGAUGCGGAUAGGGGAGACAUUGCAGGAUUUCGGCGUACCCGUGAUUUGUUUGACGGCAACGUUGAAGCCGAAGGACGAGAUGGCGUUGUUCAGGGUUAUGCGGUUCGUGCCGGAGAGGGUAAGGAUGUUUCGCGAAGCGACAGGGCGGAAGAAUAUCGCGUACAGGGUAGAGGUGAUUGACGACACGAGAGAGGACAUAGCAGCAUACCGAUCCGGCCGGAUUCAAAGGAGGCAGGCGAAUUCAGGCCGGAAGAGGAUCAGGGCGAAUUUAGAUGGUGUUAUCAAGAGGAGCAGGGCGAAUUCAAAUGGUAUUGUUAUGAUCAGCAGAGAGAGCGAGGCAGAGUUUAGUGUUCAAGAGACAGAACAGGAACAGGAACAGGAGGAGGAGAGCGAGGAAGAUGAUCAGGUGAUGAUUGAACGGAUAUGCAAGUUGGUGAAAGAAUGGACGGCAGAGCAUACCGAGGGCAAGGUGAUCGUAUACGGGGGGACAAUCAAGCGAGUGCAGAUGAUUGCAGACGCAUUAGGAUGUGUAGGGUAUUGGCGAGGGGCGGGGGACGCAGCCGAGAAGGCAAGGCGGGUGGCAGAGUGGAUGAGUAGCCGGGGAGGCGAAAGCGGAUGGAUGGCAGCGACAAACGCAUUAGGGUUGGGGGUCGACGACCCGAACGUGCGAGAGCGGACGAGGGGGCCGGGAUGGGCAGAAGAGCGAGUCGGUGGUUUGCAUCAGGCAGUCGUGGUUGGAACAACAGAGGGAGAAGAGGACAAGCAAGAGGGUUACGGGUGGCAGCAGCGGCAGGAGUGGGAUUGGGAUAAGGAUGUGAUUGAGUUUGUAGACGGGAACCGAUGUCGACGAGAAGUGUUGGAUCGAGAGAUGGACGGCAAUAUCGACCGGUUCGGAUGCGAAGAGGAUGAGGAGAUGUGCGAUGUGUGUUGGGAACAGCAGCGAGCAAGAGAUGUAGACGAUGCAGGGGUUGAAUUGCGGUUUGCAGCAGAAGAGAGGGCAGACGAUAUGGUAGAGCAGGAAGAGGAAGGAGGAGGAGGAGGAGGAGGGAGAGAAGAAGAAGGAGGAGGAGGGAGAGAAGAAGAAGAAGGAGGAGGACAAGAAGAAGAAGAGCAGGAUUAUCAGCGCAGUCGUCAGUUCAUACGGCAGGCAGAGACAGAAAGGAAAGUGCAGGUGAUGGAAGAGGCCCGAGAGGUGGCCGAGUUGGAGGAUAUAUUGGCAGAGUGGGCAGGGCAUUGCGCCGCAUGCAAGGUGUUGGGAGUAGAGGAGGACGAGCACGAGAUGGAGGCAUGCCCGUAUCGAGAGGAGGAGGUGUGGAGGAAGAUAGAGCAAGGCGCAAGGCAAGUGGAGGAAGAGAUGAUGGGAAAGAAGCGGUUUGCGGCGUUUUCGGCAUGUUUCGGUUGCGGGAUACCGCAGGCGUUUUGUGACAGAUGGGUGGCAGCAAGCGACGACGGGCGAUUAUUCCGCCGAGCAGAAGGGAGAGCGUGUCAGUACGGUGGAGGAUUGAUUUUUAGGAUCAUGGUAGGGCAGAGUGCACGGGAGGAGGCAUGGUGGAGGAGGGAGAUUACGACGAUGAUGGGGGAUAUAGAGGAGGGAACAGAGUGGGAUUAUAUCAUGUACGGCAGGUUGUUUGCAUGGUUAGGGGAGUUGGUCGAGUGGGGAGGACAAGCAGGAGGAGGGAUAGAGGCGAGUCGGUUGUGUCAAGCGGUUACAAGGAUAGAGAAGAGGUGGGCGGCGAGGAUGAGAUUAUAG